AUGUUCAUUAAUUUAGAAAAGGAUUUAAAGGGCUUACAAAAAAAGAGUUAGGAGUAUCAAGAAAUCACACAAAAAUAUCUGGUGGCUGAUUCUGGAGUGAGAGUGAUGAAUGAUGCAUUUAAAUAAAUCUUGAAUAAGAAAAAAAGUAAUUUGCAAUGAUAUAAACAAGGCAAGCAAUUUUUUUGUAAGAAUUGUCCAAAGAAGUUCUUAUCUUUUCCUGCAUUGAAAGAGCAUGCAAAAAAGAAUCAUGGGUUUUAGCCACUCCAAAAUGGUGAAGCUAGAAAGAGAGGGAGACCCAGGAGAGAUGUAAUUAAGCCAAGCGAUCAAUUUAUUGAGUGGGAGAAAAAUCAAGGAUAACAAUAACCAAAACCUAAGAGACCAUCCUCUCUGAUCACAUUAAGAUUGGAGUCAAUUAAGGAGUUAGGCUUUGGAGGAUUUUUGCGAGUACAUAGUAAAAAUUAAAUUAGGCACCUAAUUUAUAAUCAUAUCCAUCAAUAAAGGAUUCCAUAACAAGUUUAAUAAAUAAAUUAGAGCCACAAUUAGAGGAGAAUUACAUUUUGAUAGGACUCGAGGAGAUGAAUAAAUAUUAUGAGGAGGAUCAGGAAUUUUAUUUGGAGAAGAAUUAUAACGUUAGUUAAUUAUUGGUUUCAUUUUUAAUAAAUUUGACAAUGUAAGUAAAUGAUGAAUUGUUGAGAGUGUUCAUCACUUUUACAAAAGCAAUUUAUUUUUUCAUCGACAAUUUUGCUAGAGACAUUUUAUUUAAGUAGUUGUCUCCAGAGGAAUAUGGGGUAAUUUAAUAUUCUAUUAGUAGUUGAUUCCACCAAUAUGUCCGAAUAAGAAAUUUCAUGAGUUGAUGACAAUAUAAACAUUCCCAUUGAUAUUGAAUGAUUUCUUGGAGUUUUUGCCAAACUUUUAGGAGGCAUUUCCAUUGCCUUUUGCAUCAAGAGUGUUGAAGGAGAUCUGCGAUUGGAGCACAGCGGAAUGUAAUGGAUUUAAAGUGUAUUUUAAUCUUUGAAAAUAUAUAUAUAUAUUAUGAUUACG